UUUAAAGUCCCACAGUUGCCAGUGCAUGUCAGAGCAAUUGGAUGGAAACCUAGCUAGUAUGAGUAUUUCUAUCUACAUCAAGUUUGUCUUUUGGGACCUUUUAUUUUCAUCCCGCACAGUUGGUGGCGACAAUACACCUUUAUGCGUGUAGUUCGCCAUAAAAACAAAGAAGAAAAUCAACCCUAUACUUUCCAGCUUUGUCUUCUCUAUACAAGUUUUCUCUCUGGGGAUCGACCAUGAUUACUACAAGUUUAGAUAGCUGGCUGGACUAAUUUACCAAUCGAAAAAAUGUUUGCUGACAUGGGCUACUUGAGUGACUGUCAACAAGUUAAAUACUGCAGAUGCACAACAUUUUGAAAUCGCACUUUGUGUUUUGUACUAUUCUGACUCAACCGUAUUUUUUGGGAGGGGUUGAUCCGCCGGCCGCCACGCCGCCAGUUCCGCAUCCCUGAUCUAGACCUAGGCUACAUAUUGUGGAUCUACUGUAACAUAUUUUCCUAUCACAGGUUCUAGGACCAUUUAUAGGGAAACAGUUGGAAGGCGUUCCUAGACUAACAGUGGAAGCAAGUGAGUGCUUUAUUUGUUUUGAGUACUUUUGGUAGUCUAGCCAAGUCCGGCCAUGUCCUGCCUUGUUAUCUCAGAUCUUUAAUGUAGCAGCUGCAGCCAAUCCCUUUACUGUCUUUACGCUAAUAUCAAAAACCCAUGACAAUCAAAGUCAAAUCACCACAAUAUAUAGUUCCAGGAGCGGAAUGAUGACACACAAUUAAUACAAUUCAAACAGUUGAUAAGAGUUUUCAGGAUACGUUUUCAGGAUCCUCUAAUUGUACUACUGAUUGAUUUAAGCCAGGUUUGCAUUGAUGAUGGAAGGUGAAAAGCAGAUGCAGGAGGUGGCAGGUGCAGCAUCGGAAAAGCCCGCACCAGCCAUGCCCCACACAACACCAGUGGCAGAAUUCGGAGUCGUGGACGCGCCAGUGUACUCAGCCCCCUACCACUCCGCUGCAUCAUAUCUGUCUGCUUGUUGUCAUGGAGGAGCCAAGAUGGCGAUCCUGGCCUAUAGCCUAGGCAAGCGGGAAAUAAAUCAGUAUUUUAGCAUUAAAAAUGCUAAAUUAUUAUCUCUCGCUGCCGUCAUUCUACUCACCAUGUUUCACACCGUUUCUCGGUAUUAUGGAGGUGGAGACACAUGUGAGUGGCUGCUAUCCAGUGGGCGGUACCUAGGAGAGACCGUAUGGCAGCCCUAUGGCUGUAUGAUGCACAAAUACAAAAACAUGGAAGCAAAGACUUGCCUUGCUGAGAAAAGGGUGGCAUUCGUUGGUGAUUCCAGAAUACGGCAGCUAUUCUAUUCAUACAUUCAAAUAAUCGAUCCUGCACAAAGAGAGGAUGGAAGAAAGCACAAUAACAUUCCCUUUGAAGAUCGGAGCGCUUCAGUCAAUGUGGACUUCCUGUGGUAUGCAGAAGUGAAUAACUCUCUGAAGGAGCGCUUGAUAUCAUGGAGGGAGGAUCCUUCCAUAAAACCCGAUGUCGUCAUCAUCGGAGCUGCCACUUGGUCCAUCAAGUUGCGUGGUGGCAGCAGCGAGGCGCUGCAGCAGUACAGAGCCAACCUCACAGCCAUCUCCUUACCUCUGGAACAGCUGGCUGAGGACGGGGAGGUCUACUGGGUCUUACAGGACCCUGUCCAUGAGGAGGGUCUAAGUGACAACAGGAAGAUGAUCACUAACGAGCAGCUGGAGCUGUACAAUGAGGUGGCGCUCAGCACUCUGAACAGCAACAGGAAGAAUGCCAAGGCCAGAGUCAGGUUCCUGGGCGCCUUGCGCCAGGCUGCCAUGGAAACCAUCACCCAAUCAGCUGACGGCCUGCACCUUCCCGAGAGCACCCGGAACGUGGGUGCCAUGAUCCUGAUGAACGCUGUGUGUAACAAGGUCCUGCGGCCCAUCGACGGCUCCUGCUGCCAGUCCCUGCCGGCCCCCAGCCUUCUCCAGAAACUGACAGCCUGCAUCUUCCUGGGCUCAGCCCUGGUCUUCCUGGUGCUCCAUGCUCUGGGCCACAACAGGCACUGGAAGUCCCGGCCCACGCCCCCCGACGUGGAGAGCGGCGAGGAGAAGAAGCCGGCCACGGCAGCGUCUUUGCUCAGCCACGAGGCUCCGUUCCAGGCCGUGUGUAAGAUGGGCCUCAUCAUGGUCUACUUCUACCUGUGUGACCGGGCCGACGUCUUCAUGAAGGAGCAGAAGUUCUACACACACUCCACCUUCUUCGUCCCACUCAUCUAUAUGUUUGUUCUGGGGAUCUUCUACAGCGAGAACAGCAAGGAGACCAAGCUGCUGAACAGAGAGCAGACCGACGAGUGGAAGGGCUGGAUGCAGCUGGUCAUCCUCAUCUAUCACAUAUCUGGAGCCAGCGCCUUCAUCCCCGUAUACAUGCAUAUCCGUGUCCUGGUGGCAGCCUACCUCUUCCAGACAGGAUACGGACACUUCUCCUUCUUCUGGCUCAAAGGGGACUUUGGACUCUACAGAGUGUGCCAGGUCCUGUUCCGUCUCAACUUCCUGGUGGUGGUGCUGUGUCUGGUGAUGGACCGGCCUUACCAGUUCUACUACUUUGUGCCUCUGGUCACCUUCUGGUUCGUCAUCAUCUACGCCACCAUGGCCAUGUGGCCCCAGAUACUGCAGAAGAAAGCAAACGGUAGUGGGUUGUGGCACAUUGGGAUUCUAGGGAAACUGCUUGGGCUAUUCCUGUUAAUCUGCUGCUUUACGUAUUCACAGGGGUUGUUUGAGAACAUUUUCUCAGUAUGGCCCAUCUCCAAGCUCUUUGAGCUGAACGGAAGCAUUCAUGAGUGGUGGUUUAGGUGGAAGCUGGAUCGAUUUGCCAUUAUCCACGGCAUGCUGUUUGCCUUUGUCUACCUGGUGCUGCAGAAGUGCCAGGUCCUCUCCGAGGGGAAAGGAGAGCCUCUCUUCUCCACCAGGAUCUCCAACAUUCUACUCUUCAUCUCUGUGGUGUCAUUCAUGACCUAUUCCAUAUGGGCCAGCAGCUGUAAAAACAAGACUGAGUGCAACGAGAUGCAUCCCUACAUCUCAGGGCUCCAGAUCCUAGCCUUCAUCUUAAUCAGGAACAUUCCUGGUUACUCCCGCUCUUUAUACAGCUCAUUCUUCGCAUGGUUCGGGAAGUUCUCCUUGGAGCUGUUUAUCUGCCAAUACCACAUCUGGCUGGCGGCGGACACCAAGGGCAUCCUGGUACUGAUCCCAGGCAACCCCUCGCUCAACAUAAUCAUCAGCACCUUCAUCUUUGUGUGCGUGGCCCACGAGAUCUCCCUGAUCACCAACGACCUGGCCCAGGUGGCCAUCCCCAAGGAUGGGGGCGCCCUGCUCAGGAGGCUGCUGGCCGCCGGGGUCUUCACCCUGGGCCUGCUGCUGGUGUCCAGGAGCGCUGAAGGGAACCAGGGAGGAAGCCACUGAGGGGGGGAGCGGGUACCACAGUAGGGGAGAGGUAGACUGAGACUGACUGACUGGUUAGUCUUCCAUGUUCAUUUGGCACCAAGCUGAAGAAAACGGUCUGAAAGAUUGAGGAACGUCCUGUUUCAUUCCUCAAUGAAUAUGACGGAGGUGAACAGACAGGUCAAGUCGAGGACAAGGAUAUAUCUCUGCCGUCUGUCUCUCUUGACUGCUCUGAGUACUGGGGUGAAAGUCAUACACUGAAGAGGACGAGGUCCCAACGUGGGCCCACACACCUCACGGAGCAGCACGGAUAAGGUUCUGACGCUAUACUAGAGACGUUUACAAUAGAAGAAGGGUGAGGCGGGGGUCAUGGGUGGUGGUGGGUUGGAUGAUGUGUGGUUUUAAACUAGCUUAAAGGGCCUCGUGCUUGCUGUGUGGUUCGUGCAGCGUUUUUGUAUGUGCUUCCCAAAUCGCUCCCAAUGUAGUGUACUAUUAGUGUGCCAUUUGGGAUGGAUAGAAAACAAAACUUAUGCUGAAAGGUGAGGUCGGUGGUCACCUAGCUCUGAAAUCUUAUGUACAGUAUUUAAUUAUUUAAAUUAAGCUUAUAUUUUACAGGGUUGUAUUUUUUUUUUCAUUUUAUAUUCUGAGCCUAUGACUGCUGUUUGUAUUUUUUGUUUUUGUCACCACAUGAAAGACCAAUCAGGCCAGGCAGAAGAUGCACUUAUGCAUUUUUAUUGCAGAAUCUUGUUGCAUUCUGGAUCUGACACAACCACUUGUCUGUGUUCGUGUAGGUUGUUUCGCCAAUUUAUACUGGUAUGUUAAAGGAGAGGUGUAGGAUAUUCUUUCUGUGUUGUUCGUUAGUCCUUCUCUUAAACCAGGCUUCUUCUCAGAGCUACAAUAGAAGAUGCACUGCUUUGUGUAUGGGUGAUUCUUUAACUAUAGUACUUUUCUUGUCCCUGGAUGAAAUAAUAAAAACUAAAAAACA